AUGGCGGCUACAAUGCUGGACGGCAACGUCGGCGCGAAACGGGGCGCCUCAUCCAUCAACUGCUGCGCCGAUCUAAGACAUCGAGGUCGAAAAGAGAAAGGAAAACGACGAGGUGUCGGUGGCGACGCGGCGGCCAUGACGAAUCCGGUCAAGAAAGUUCGAAGUGCAGUGACGUCUAAACUCGACCCAACUGCCGGCGAGGAAAGCGAAAGCCUGUCAGAGACACGACCAAGGCCAGCAGAACACCCGGAAACACUUGGCGAAACUGCUCGUGGCGAGGAGCAUGAAGUUUCGCCUAUUUUAAGGCUAAGCAACACGUCUGUGUUCGUAGUGCACAAGUCAUUUACCUCUAGCAGCAUCGAUUGA